AUGAGCAACACCGAUUUCCUCGGCCGGGCGAUCGACACCGUGAAGAGCGCGAUUGAAUUUGACAAUGCGGGCGAAUAUGAGAAAGCAUACCAGACAUACUACUCAGCUCUGGAGCUGUUCAUGCUUGCUUUGAAAUGGGAGAAGAAUCCCAAGUCGAAGGAAAUGAUCCGGGCGAAGACUGGGGAAUACAUGGAAAGGGCAGAGAAGUUAAAGAAUCACCUGGCGGGACUUGACAAUCGGAAGAAACCGAGUGCGGUUGGGACGAAUGGAAAGAUUGCGCAAGGAAGUGGGAAAGGAGGCAAGGGUGACGAUGAUGAUGAAGAUGCCGAGUCUAAGAAGCUCCGUGGAGCUUUAGCAGGAGCUAUAUUAACGGACAAGCCAAACGUAAGGUGGGAAGAUGUUGCCGGUUUACAAGGCGCAAAAGAGGCCCUCCAAGAAGCUGUCAUACUACCCAUCAAGUUCCCUUCGUUGUUCACAGGGAAUCGUAAGCCGUGGAAGGGUAUAUUACUCUAUGGGCCACCAGGGACGGGUAAAUCCUAUCUAGCCAAAGCCGUGGCUACAGAGGCAAACAGCACAUUUUUCAGUGUGAGCAGUAGUGAUUUGGUUUCAAAAUGGAUGGGAGAGAGUGAGAGGCUUGUUAAACAACUAUUCAAUAUGGCUCGGGAAAAUAAACCUGCUAUCGUUUUUAUUGACGAAAUAGACGCCCUCUGUGGUACACGUGGGGAAGGAGAACCAGAUGCAUCGCGGCGUAUCAAAACUGAAUUGCUCGUGCAAAUGGACGGUGUCGGGAAAGAUUCAACUGGUGUUUUGAUCCUAGGAGCAACGAAUAUCCCAUGGCAGCUAGAUUCGGCUAUUCGACGACGUUUUCAGCGAAGGGUCUACAUAAGUCUACCUGAUAUGGCUGCCCGAAUGAAAAUGUUUAAAAUAAGUAUAGGUAGCACACCUUGCGAGCUAACAGUGCCUGAUUUCCGGACGCUUGCGGAGUUGACUGAGGGCUAUUCAGGAAGUGAUAUCAAUAUUGCUGUUCAGGAUGCACUCAUGCAACCUGUGCGCAAAAUUCAGUCAGCAACUCACUAUAAAAAGGUAAUGGUGGAUGGAGUGCAAAAAGUCACCCCCUGCUCCCCGGGUGAUCAGGGGGCCACUGAAAUGACCUGGGUGGAUGUAAAUCCAGACGAGCUUCUUGAGCCUCCACUUGUUCUCAAAGACUUUGUCAAGGCUGUCAAAGGAUCUCGACCGACGGUUAGCCCUGAAGACCUCGCCAAAAGCGCUGAGUGGACCGAAAUGUUUGGGAGUGAAGGCGCUUAA